UGUAAUUAAACUGCCGGAAGCUGUAGCUUCUACAGCCAUGGUUUCUGUACUUCCCAGCUGAUUUGCCGCUGUUUCGUCGGAAAUUUCGGAUAUGAAUAUUAACAGACAUGUUGCGGAUUUGAGCAACGGCCUCGAGAAUGUUCCUGUUUCACUUGAGGGGAGUUCAGCUGCACUGACAUUUCCUGAAUUUCGGUAUUCCCCAGAUAAUAUUCAGGGACCAGGAUGCACUAUUGACCCCAGUGAAGUCACCCUUCCUGGAUGUUCCUGCCUGUCCCACUCCUGCUUCGCUGAGAGCUGCUCCUGCCUGCAGACACAUGGGCAGGCAUACGACAGCACUGGCACACUGCUGAACCUUAGCACAACAGACUCUGGUUUCUGCUCACCUGUGUUUGAGUGUAAUGCCCUUUGCACCUGCAGCGAUGCCUGCUGUAACCGGGUGGUGCAGAGAGGGCUAAGACUCAGGUUGGAGGUUUACAGCACCAAGAACAGGGGCUGGGGAGUACGGGCAUUAGAGGCGAUCCCGCAUGGGACGUUUGUGUGCGAGUAUGCAGGAGAGUUGAUCAGUUUGGAGGAGGCCAGAUGCAGACAGCUUGCCCAGAGAUCUGAGGAAAAUAACUACAUCAUUGCCGUAAGGGAGCAUGCAGGUACGGGCUCCAUCACUGAGACGUUUGUGGACCCUGCCGUGGUGGGAAACGUAGGCCGCUUUCUCAACCACUCCUGCCAGCCCAACCUGUUCAUGCAGCCAGUCCGUGUGCACUCUGUGGUUCCUAGACUGGCGCUGUUUGCUGGACGGAACAUUGAAGCACAAGAAGAGCUGACGUUUGACUACUCAGGAGGAUACAAUAACCAACCUCCCGUAGAGCUGCUGUCCACGCAAAGUGACGCUGCCGUACAGGCCAGGAGGACAGAUGGACUCCAGAGGAAAGAGUGCCACUGUGGUGCCAACAACUGUGUUCGGUUCCUUCCGCUGGAUUUAUCUAUUCUCAACUGAAAUAAUCUUAAGUAAAAUUUCAUCUCACGUUUGUUUUCAUCUGAAUUUCAAGAGGUGAUUUGUUUCUGAAUGAUGGAGAAAAAUUUUUUUGUCAAGCCUUCUGCCUUUUCUCCUGAUUUUCUUUUAAAACUAUGUCUAUUUAGUUAUGUCUUGAUAUAUUUUCAGUUUCCCUGAAAUCUUGGUUAAUUCAGCCUCUCAUUAGAACAAGACAAUGCAACGUGUUAAUGGCUCCAUAAACACAAUCAGCUGGAUGAGUCAUGUCUGUACCCGUCAUUGUUUCCUGUUUACUCCCCGGUGUCUCCUGCUCUGCCACUGUCUCCCACUCAAUGUAAGAGGAUGCAAUUAAAACAAAAUCUCAAGGCAAGAAAAACAUUUUUCUAAGAGUGUAAA